AUGAGGUUCCUCUGGGUAUCCGGGGUGUCACUUCUUGCCUCGUGCGCCCAUGCUCAGACAUUUCAACGCUUGGGUGGUUGUCCUACUCUGGGCUGUGUCUUCCCUCCGGAUCAGGCGGAUUUUCUUCCCGGUCAAUAUUUCGAUAUCCGACUGGAGGUUCACUCUCCCGUCAACGGCUCUGAGGCUCGCGCGGGUGUACCCGACCCCGACUUUAAGUUCACUAUCGCCAAGAAGGGUAAAAAGCCAGUCCCUGUAACGAAGUACUUUGACAUCGAAGAGCCCGAGCUCGAAAGAUGGAACUUCACAUGGUAUGAAGACCUGUUUGCGGAAGACGCGAACACGCCUUCGCUUGUCAAUGUGACCUCGAAGGCCUACAGGAGAGUUGCACUCUAUGAGCCUGGAGAGUACGAGGCUACCUUGACCUACUAUGGAAACCAGACAACCACGGCCAACUGGCUUGUCCGGGACCUUUCCACGAAGCGGCGGGCCAAGAACGUGAUCCUUUUCGUUGGCGACGGAAUGACCACCAACAUGAUCACUGCUGCUCGUCUCAUCGCUCAUCGCAGUAUCAACGGCAAGUACAUGACCAAGAUGCAGAUGGACAAAUUCCCCGUUCUGGGCCACCAGAUGACACACUCGAUGGAUUCGUUCAUCACCGAUUCCGCCAACUCUGCGACUGCUCUGUACGCUGGGCACAAGACCACCGUCAAUGCUCUGAAUGUUUACGUCGACUCCUCUGAGGAUCCCUUUGACGAUCCGAAGUUUGAGAACAUUGCUGAGAUUUUCCGUCGCCGGUACCCGGGGGCUGGUAUCGGUAUUGUCUCAACUGCCUUCCUAGCUGACGCGACUCCCGCCGCUCUGGCCGCUCACACCAGUGAUCGGGGUGAAUAUGAGCACGUCAUCGACGCUUUCUAUGAAGGUCUGACCAAGUACGAGUGGACUAGCUUGGAGGGUCCUGACGUCAUCUUUGGCGCCGGUGCGGAGAACUUCCUCAAGAGCAAGGACGCUUCGCGGGACUACUACGGCCUGUUCGCGGAGAAAGGCUACAGUAUCAGCUGGAACAAUACCGCCCUCCAUGCCGCUCCCAAUGACACCAAGGCUCUGGGUGUGUUCCAGACCUCCAACCUGGCCACCUGGCUCGACCGCAACGUCUACCAGUCCAAUCUCCAGAACAAGACCAACUACCCGGACGGCUCCGGUCGCGAUGCUGAGGAUCUGCCCGGUCUGAAGGACAUGACCCUCAAGGCCAUUGACGUGCUGAAUGCCCGCCACAGGAAGGACGGCUGGUUCCUCAUGUCCGAGGCCGCCAGCAUUGACAAGCAGAUGCACUCUCUGGAUUAUGAUCGGUCUCUGGGCGAGCUCUUGGAGCUGGAUGAUACCGUCCGCGCGACCAUUGAGAAGCUCAAGGCUCUUGGUCAGUUGGACGACACCCUGAUCAUCGUGACUGCCGAUCACGGACACGGAUUCGACGUUACUGGCUCCGUUGACACCGAGUACCUCAACGCCCAGAGCGAGGACCGUCAGAAGCGUCGGGCCAUUGGAGUCUACGAGCAAUCUGGUCUGUCCCAGUACACCGUCGCCGGAGCCAACACCCUGCGGUAUUCGGAGGGCGUUCACUUCCCCGCUCGCUGGGAUCCCAGAUACACUCUGCACUCGGGAACGGUAGCCUUCCCCGAUCACCGGGAGAACUACCAGGUCCACGCGUCCGGCCCUCGCACCCCUGCCACCGGCUCCAAGACCAACUACUACGCCAACUACAAGGAUGCCGUGACCGGGUUCCUGAUCAACGGCACCCUGCCAGUGGACGCCAACCAGGGCGUGCACUCGCUGACGGAUGUGCCCGUGUUCGCGCAGGGUCCAUGCCAGGAACUGUUUGGCGGAGUAUACAACUCUAUUGAUAUCUUUUUCAACAUGGCCGAGUGCCUUGGACUGGCACAGACCAAGAAACCCAAGGGCAAAUAA